UGUGGCCACCAUCAUUGACCACUGUGAUUUGAUUGUGAUUGGUUUUUAUUUGAAUGUUCAUUUUUUUGUUACGAUUCUUGUGCCAACAUGGUUGAUUUUGAAAAAUUGGAAAAGAAAUGGUCAAUUCUGGCGGAAGAAGCUCCUUAUAUUAAAGGACCUAUUACAAGUUUUAAUCCACUUCUUCAACCACCCGAUUGGUAUGAUGCUCAACGAUUCAAGCGGUCACAACGAAUGGCCAGGAAAUAUUUUCUAAGUUUAAACAUUGCACAUUUUAUUGGUAAUAUUUUAUUGAUACAUUUGCCCGAUGUAUUGGUACCGGUUAUUGCUACGGGUAAUUCAUCCUCGCCAUAUCGUGUUUUUAUGCGAAUCCUAUCGACUGUAAUACAUAUAUUAUCCUGGUAUGAUGAUGAUCCAUUCGAUCGAACAAGUAAAACACAUCAGUCGAUGAUUACUGUUCGUCGCAAUUGCCAUAUGGCUGUAUCACGGUUAAUGAAUAACAAAUAUCCACGAUCAAAUCGACGAAUCUGGCUCAGUCAAUUCGAUAUGGCCAUGACGCAAUGGUCAUUGAUCGGUAUCGUCGCUAUCCGUCCUGAUCAAUGUGCAUUUUAUGGUACAAGUGACAAAGAAUUUGAAGAAUAUUUCUACUUUUGGCGUGUUAUCGGCUACUGUGUUGGCAUUGAAGAUCGUUUCAACAUUUGUUUCGGUGUUGAAGGUUAUGAAGAAACACGGCAAUUUCUUCACAUUUGUUUCGAACGUUGUUAUAAGGUGCAUUUGGAUGAACAAAGUCCACCAGUUCGAAUGGGCAUGAAUCUUACUGAAGGUGUUUUCCUUGCAUUGCAAGGUGCUGCACCACGGUUUUUGAUUUGUUAUGAAAGUUUUAUGAAAUAUUGGUAUGAUACAUUGACGGUUAAGCAUCCGAUUCGAUUGGAUACAUUCGAACGAAAAUUGAAUUAUUCAAUAUUCAUAUUCAUAAUGCAAUACGUUUUGCGAAUACGAUUAUUUUACGUUGUUUUUUCAUGGAUAUUUUUCUUUCUCCAACGACGUCUGUUUGGACAGAUUGAACAGGUAAAAACUUAUUGUGAAAAACAUUAUGCUCAUAUCAAAUAUCAACUGGAUAGUGAAUAUUUUGAUCAAAUUGAUGAUCAGAAUUUUGCAACCGGUUUGGAUAUGAACCAAAAUCCAAUCAAUAACAAUGAUGAAGCUCGAUUUGACAACAAACAAGAAUCAUUAAAAUAUUAUCAAAUUGAUAACUAUUUCUAUCGGCCAAACGUCAAAGAAUAAACACCAUCUGACAUUCA